AUGCCCAAGAGCAAGAGGACCGAUGCCGGCCAGGAGACCGAUCGGCGAAGCGCCGGCCGGGGCAGCACACCCGGCAAUGCCAGGGAUGACCAGAGCCUGGCAGCGCAGUCCGCGGGACGCCCAGGAACUCCGAGCGCCGUGGAGGAGGUCUCCGGCACGGAGCAGCAGAGCAUCACCCGACUGCUCGCGAUUGACGGCGAGUCUCGAGAGCCGAGGCGCUCAGGAUCAGGAGACGCAGCCUCUCAGGCCCCAGUCCACUAUCGGGUGGUGAAUGUUGGCGAAGGCAACGAGAUGGUGAUUUAUGGAUACUGUUGGAGCUGGUGGAGAGCCUUGCUCUCAACGCUUGUCACCAUCCUGUCGUGUGGCUUGUUCAUCAUGGCGUUCUACUGGAGACCAGAGUGGCACAUGAAGUGUUCUUGCCAACCCUGCCACCUCCAGGACGCUGAGUAUGUCCUGAUGAAAACCACGGAUGAGUUCCAAGAAUGGCACAGACACAAGGUGAAGUUCAUGUACCUGAAGUACAGCCCUCAGACCGACCAGAGGGACAGGGAAACAAUCGAGGAUGUGGAUGAGUUCUCACUGCUCAGGAAAAACAUCUCCUUUACCGGGAUUCAGAUCCGCUAUUUACAGCACCACAGUAUCCGGUACAUCUGGGACCCCAACAAACGAUCCUUCAUCCUGCUGAGGGGUUUGGAACAGAACGUCUCCUGCUCAGAUCUCCAUAAGAAAUAUCUCGAUGGAUUGGUUUACCAGGAAUCUCAAAAUAGGAAGCUGAUUUAUGGACCAAAUGUCAUAGCAGUCCAGGUCCCUCCAUACUGGAAACUCCUGGGGAAAGAGAUUUUGAAUCCGUUCUACGCGUUUCAGGCGUUCAGCGUUAUCCUGUGGUUUGUGGAGGCCUAUUACCCGUACGCAGUCGCCAUCAUCGUGAUGAGCAUCUGUUCCAUUGCCUUGUCUUUGUACACGGCUCGCAAGCAAUACACGAUGCUGCAUGAAAUGGUGCAGUCACACAACUCCAUCCGGGUGACUGUUCUCAGGAAGGGAAGCGCCUCCCAGAUCGUCAGCUCGUCGGAGCUGGUGCCUGGUGAUGUGAUCAUUAUCCCUCAACAGGAGAUGAUUCUGCCCUGCGACGUGGUGCUGAUGAAUGGAGCGGUGGUUGUGAACGAGAGCAUGCUGACAGGAGAGAGUGUGCCUGUGACUAAGACCCCGCUGCCUGAUAUCUGUGAAGCUGGGAACUACAAUGACCCCAUCUUUAGGCUGCAGGACUACAAGCGACAUGUGCUGUUCUGUGGAACACUGAUCAUCCAAGUCCGGCCCUACGAGAACUAUGUGAAGGCAGUUGUGAUUCGCACAGGUUUCCUCACGACUAAAGGCCAGCUGGUCCGCUCCAUUCUCUUCCCCAAGCCGGUUGAUUUCAAGCUAUUCCGUGAUGCCCGACGCUUUGUUAUCUGCCUGGUUCUGGUGGCUCUCCUGGGUUUUGUUUACACUAUCAUCAUCAGCUCCAUUCGAGGGGAGCCAAUCCCAGAGAUCCUUCUCAAAGCCUUUGAUGUCAUCACCAUCGUCGUGCCACCGGCACUGCCUGCUGCGGUGACAGUCGGUGUUGUUUACGCCCAGCGGAGGUUAAAAAGGCAAGGGAUCUACUGCAUCAGCCCACACCGUAUCAACCUGUGUGGCCAGCUGGACCUGGUCUGCUUUGACAAGACUGGCACCUUGACGGAAAACGGAAUGGAUUUAUAUGGAGUGGUUCGAGCUAAGAAUAAAAACUUCAUUUACAGUAAUGACGAUCUGAAGAUGCAAGUCUUCAACGAGGAUGAGGUGCUGGCUGCCAUGGCAACCUGUCAUUCCCUGACCCUCGCCUCCUCCGAGACCACGCUGCAGGGAGAUCCACUGGAUUUGACCAUAUUCCGAGCGACCAACUGGGUUUGCCGGUUUCGAUCAGGAAUCGGAAUCCUGCGCCAGUUUCCCUUCUCCUCAGCUCUUCAGCGAAUGACAGUGAUUGCGAAGAAUUUGGAUGAGCAGAGCCUGGCUGCUUACUGCAAAGGAGCUCCAGAGACAAUCGUCAAGCUGUGCACCAAGGAAUCAGUUCCUGACGAUUUUCUGGAGGUGAUGGAGAGUUUCACCCAGUGCGGAUACCGGGUCAUCGGGCUGGCCUUUCGGGAAUUCAAAGGCUCGCUGAAGGAAUCGGACAUCAAGAACGUGAACAGGGAGUUUGUGGAACAGAACAUGACCUUCACCGGCCUGGUGAUCCUCGAGAACAAGCUGAAGAAAGUCACCUCGAUGGUUUUCAGUGAACUGCUGAAAGCUGAGAUCCGCAUUGUAAUGAUCACAGGUGACAGCACCCUGACUGCCAUCCAGGUGGCGAAGGAGUCCGGAAUGAUUGGGGUCAGGGAGCGGGUGAUCCGUGUGAAAGCCAAAUUGCCCACAGCCACCUCCAAAGCCACGGUAACCUGGAGAAACGUCAGGAAGGCGCCUGGAGGCGAGUGCAGAGAAUCCCCUCAGAAUAUUCCUGUCUCUGGAGCUGAAUCCAAGCCAAGGAUCCAUUUUGUGGUCGAUGGCCCCUCGCUUUUGGUGAUUGAAGAGAAAUUUCCAGAACUUCUCCCGAAGGUGACAUUGUAUGGCACAGUCUUUGCAAGAAUGUCGCCAGAUAUGAAAACCAAACUCAUCAAAUCUCUGCAAAGUCUUGAUUACGUUGUGGGAAUGUGUGGCGAUGGAGCCAAUGACUGCGGGGCGUUGAAGACAGCCCACGUGGGAAUCUCGCUCUCGCAGCUGGAGGCGUCCGUGGCUUCACCAUUCACUUCGAAACUGCCGACCAUCGAGUGUGUCCCCAUCCUCAUCAAGGAGGGCCGAGCUGCUUUGGUCACAUCUUUCUGUGCCUUUAAGUACAUGGCUCUGUACAGCAUGAUCCAGUAUGUCAGUGUCCUCAUUCUCUACUACAUCUCAAGUAACUUGGGGAACUGGGAGUUCCUGUACGAGGACCUGUUCAUCACCAGUGCCAUUGCUAUUACCAUGAGCCGGAACAAGGCAUACGAACACUUGGUGCCGCAGCGACCCAACGCCAACCUCGUGUCACCCCAGCUGCUGCUGUCCGUACUGAUGCACAUCGCUCUCUGCUCCACCUUCCAAAUGAUGGGCUUUCUGCUGGUUCAGAUUCAGCCCUGGUACAAUCCCUGGGAUCAGGGGGCUCGGGCCUGCUCUUCCAACAACACCUUUUACGGAAUGCCAUCCAGACACGCCCGGAACAGCAGUGGGAUUCUCUUCAACAUGCAGUGGAAAAUCAGCAACUAUGUCAACACCACCAUCUUCUUUGUGUCCGUCUUCCAGUACAUCACCAUCGCCUUUGUCUUCUCCAUGGGGAAACCGUUCCGCAAACCCAUCUCCACCAACUAUUUGUUCCUGGCUGUCCUCGUCAUCCUCUAUCUUUUCACCUUGUUCCUGAUGCUCUUUCCAAGCAGCAGCCUCGACACAUUCUUUGAGGAAGUGUUGACCAACAAUCAUCGACUGUGGAACUGGCUGAGCCGCAUCUAUUGUCCGUCUGCCUCCCUGGUGAAGCACAAGAAACUCCACCGAGAGCUGCAGGAUGACCCUGCCUGGCCCCCAGUCACCACGCCCACGUGGCACAAGGACGCUGUACAGUAA